AUGGCGAAUGCUCGCCCAGAAAAAGCUACGCCAAGAUCAGAAGUGGUCGAUUCGAAAAUGAACCAAUUGCCGAGGUUUCCCGUUCGUUUACAAUAGCCAGCACAACCUUGACGCGCAAGACUCGUUCUCCUGCGUUCAGAACUUCGCAGCCGAAGCGUUGAGGCCGUUCUGCUUCUCCUUUUGUUGAGGUCAUGUUUUUCGUGCGGCUGUCGACUGCCUCGCCUUUUAUUUUGUUAAUUACGUUCUUUUAUUUUCUCUCCAGUCAAUUUCACUGAUACCUAAGAGGAGAGGCUAUCACUAUUUUUUUUUGAACUUAAAAAAUUUAUCUUCGACUCAACUUUUCUAGCGAAGAAAGUAUCAUAAAAAGAUGCGAAGUUUCCUUUUGUUGCACUGUUUUUUCAACGUUUUCUCUAAGUUUGUACCAUUUUUCGAGACUUCCUAUCGUCGUCUUAAGGACUAUCACCUAUUUCUAGUUUUGCAGUUUUGCUUUUCGGCUAUUUUAGUCUUUUCGAGUGUUUAUUCACGUUCAAUUUUCUCUUGAAAACCUGUAACUAAUACAAGGCUUCAGGCUAUUUAAACCAAACUUAUGCGACACUGAAUAUCUGAAUCGCAUCGUCUCUUUCCCUACCUUAUCAACGUAAGUUUCUUUUGUUUCCAAAAUCCAUUACUUUCCUCGUUUUGGAACUGGAUUUCAUAAGAAGGUAGGAACAGUUAGGCAUAAACGGCCCAUAAAGAGCAGAAAUGUUGAGAAAAAACAUAGAAAAGACAUUUUUCAGUUACCAGAAAGAAGUCUCCGAACGGGUCCGAUGCACAAAAGCAAAGACAACGACGACACUCGUUUUGUCCGUUUUAUCAACUUUUGCUUCGAAAAGGCCGCUGUCGCAAUAUGGUCAGUCUCUUUUUUUAAUUGUAUUGAUUCUCUUCUAAUUAUUCUACUUGCUCAUGCGUUUUAUAAAUAAAUAAAAUUCAAAGAAAGAAAAAAUAGAGAAUUCGUUUGCAAAAUUUUUGGUUUAGGCUAAUACAAAAUAUGGUAACGUUAGUCAAUUACUAUGACUAAUAUUCCUCGAAUUUAAUUUACUUUUCAACUUUUUUUUUGGUAUUUUUCUUUUGAAGGGCGAUAUAAUUAUUGUUCGAAAUCUUGAAACUCUCAAUUUCAGUCGCUGUCCUUGGACUUUCAUCCUGA